AUGCCUGAGACAGCAGGCAGUUAUGCCAGGUGUUCAGAUUUACGAACUUCUUAUCAAAAUAGACAGAAUAUAUGUUUGUCUAUUCUUUGGGCUGCAGGUCAAGCAGGAAUGAGAGACUUCAAUGCUGGCUUAAAAGGUUAUCCUUUAUGUAUAAUCUCUCCAGCAAUAAAAGAAAUUUUGGUAAAAACAAUGAAUCAGUGUUCUACUUCAGUUCUUAAACAUUUUUUUGAACACUGUAUUAUUUCUAUGGGUCAGGAUAUGGUAAAAGGACAAUCAACUUUUGGUUAUCGUAUAUUUUUACAAUGCCUUGGAAAAGAAAAGCCAGAAAUUAUUGUUAAUAGUUUGUCAAAGUGUUCAGAUUUACGAACUUCUUAUCAAAAUAGACAGAAUAUAUGUUUGUCUAUUCUUUGGGCUGCAGGUCAAGCAGGAAUGAGAGACUUCAAUGCUGGCUUAAAAGUUUGGUUAGAGUUAAUGUUACCUUUGGUUGGAAUGAGGGCCUAUUCUAAAUUUACUAUUGAUUACUUAAAUGACUUAUUAAGAUCUUAUCCAAAUGUGACUUCAUGUAGUGAAGUGUUGGGGGUGAAAGAACUAUUUCCUAUUUUGGAUUUUGUUUAUACUCCUUCAGGAUUGCCUGGCAAUCUGCAGAAACAGCUGCAGAAUCUUUAUCCAAGACUUAAGAUUUACUAUUUUUAA